ACAGGAUGUGAUGGCUGGACAGCAGCCGGAGCCACGCAUUGUGGAGGAAAGAGUCAGCUGAGAGGAGCUUUUGGUUUGCGGUGUUUGCUUUGUUACUAUCGAUCUGUGAGUGGGUGGGUGUGUGCACUGAGGAUGUGAAAUCAACAUGGUCAGGAGGCACUGCGAAGAUUAGUCAUCAGCUGAAAGUAAGCACCAUGGCCGCCUUCCAGCUGCUCUUCCCGCUGUUGGUCAGCUGCGUGGCGGCAUCCUCACGCCCUCCCCGCCACCUCCCUCCAUGCCAAGUUGUCCAGAUGAAUGUGUUUUGCAGUGAUCUGAGCCUUAGAAGCGCUCCAGACAACCUUCCUCAUGGCGUCCAGAUGCUGGACCUUUCUCGUAAUCAGAUGCAAAAUCUCACCCAGGAAACUCUCGCGUACCACACCGGCUUCCGUCAUCUGAAUCUUCACUCCAACAAGAUCCACUUCAUCCAGCCGGGACUCUUCAAAGACAUGAAUGAUCUAAAAGUCCUGGAUCUGUCUAGGAAUAAUCUGAAUGUUUUUGCUCGCUCCAAAAUCAACAUUGGGCCUCUUACAGCUGUAGAGUCACUUGAUCUUUCAAGCAAUGGGCUGUACACAGGAAUGUCUGACUAUUUCCUGGCUGAUUCUCCAUUGCUGGCAAACCUUUCUCUCAACAGCAAUAGCAUCACCAAAAUAGCAAAUAACACUUUCAGUGGAUCCUUGGCCCUGACGAAAAUCAGCCUCCACAAUAACGUCAUCAUGGAGAUUGAAGGUGGAGCUUUUGACUCCUUGAAUCAUCUGACUGAACUCGAUCUGUCCAAGAACUCAAUCACUUGCAUCACAGACUUCAACCUCUACAACUUAAAACUGCUCAAUCUCAGCAAGAACAGCAUGGAGUCUUUCCAAAGCACAGAAUCAAAUGAUAGGUAUCAUCUUCUCUCUCUUGAUCUGAGUGAAAAUAAAAUGCUCUACUUUCCUCUUCUACCUAAGAAAAACAUGCUCAAAUACCUGGACAUUUCACGGAACCAACUUCAGAGCAUCAACGUUACAGGAAAUCAUGAUGAAAAUACAACAUUUCAUUUAAAUCACCUGAGAUACCUGGACAUGAGUUUCAACCAACUCAAAAGCAUACCAGAGUCCUUUUUUAGUGGUAUGGGAUUACUCGAGGUCCUGAAUGUGAGCAAUAACUGUAUUGGCUCAUUUUCUAUCACUGAUAAAUUUCAUCUACAGAGAGUAAAGAUUAUCGAUCUCAGCUAUAAUUCGCUGCAGAACCUGACAUUUGGGAAAAACACUCUGCAAUCGCUGGAAAAGUUUUUCUUACAAGGGAACGACCUCACCACCUUGGAUCAUCAAAUAUUCCGAAGACUUCCAAGUAUUAAACACCUGCAUCUCCAGCAGAAUGACCUGAAAAUCUGUGCCUCGGACCAAAGCCACCAGGAUUCUCCAGAUUGUGUCUCAUUUACCUCCAUACCAAACUUGCAGUACCUGUACCUCUCUGACAACAAUCUGAGGACUCUGCCUGCAAACGCAUUUGCCAACACCCCUCUGAUAUUACUGGACUUGUCCCUGAACCCGGGCUUAGACAUGGACAAAGACUCCCUCUCUGGUCUCGAGCAUUCUCUGGUUCACCUCUUCCUGAGGGAAAACAACAUUUCCAGUCUAAAUACAGAUCUCUCCUCACUGAGGUGUCUCAGAGACGUAGACCUGUCCUUCAACCAGCUGACCAUUCUACCUACGUGGAUCAAAACGUCCUCCAUUGAGUCGCUAAACCUGCAGAACAACAACCUGGUCACUCUGGACUACAGUACCAUGCUCACCCUGGAACACUCACUUAAAAUCCUCUACAUGGGAUCCAACCCACUGAGCUGCUGCAGAAACCUCGGCUUCCUCCACAUGGUCCAGCACUCAGCCGUGGUCGUCCCCGACAUUGAGAAGGUGACCUGCAUUUACGAGGAGUAUUCAGAACUGGUCAACAUCGGGAAUCUGACUCCGGAAAUGUGUCAUAGAGCAGGCAUCCAAAACUAUGUUGUCCUUGUUGUUGUGAUAGCGCUACUUGUGAUGAUCGUGCUGGGACUGUUGGUUAGAUGUUGCCACACAAGGAAACGAAAGCACAGCCGAAGCUUUAGAGCUUAAUGUGAAUGAACAGUGCACGUGCAGGACCAUGAAGGAAUUCAUUAUUGGGACUUUUCUAAUUUCUGUUCACGAGGAGGUUGUAGGUUUGAACCACAGACAGUGGAAAAACAUGAAUGUAAUAUCUGUGAUGUCACCCAAAGUCUUCUGAAGUGACGAUUUAAAGCCUUGGUUUGGGUUUACCACUACCAUUCCAAGUGAAAUAAGCCUGACUGAGGCUGAGAUAGGACAUGCAAGAUGCAACCACAGUGGCUUAUGUGCCUAGAUGAAAACAAUACAAUAGAUAAACUAUUGAAUCCACCACUUCUUGUGGAAAAUAUUCUUCUUGUACUGUCUUACAGAAGAUAGGACUUUUUUAAUGGACUUCUAAAAGUAAGAAGUUUAUUGCAGUCACCAUGUACAGUAGUGGCUAUUUCAGGGACUGCAAUUUUAGAGACUCAUGGCUAAAGCAGAGGUGUUUCCUGCUUGGUUUUGAUAUCAAACCACAUCAGUUUAUUGAAUGUAAAAGGAGGAUAAAAUCCACACUAAAACACUGUUGCCCAUUUCUACACUGACAGACCACAGUGAAAGACAUAAAAUGUUAAAGGAAAGGUUUUUGGAAAAUCUGCUUAUUCGCUUUCUUGCUUAAAGUUAUAUGAGAAGAUUAAUACCUCUAACACGUCUGUGUUCUAAAUACGAACUUACAGGCAGCAGCUGGUUAGCUUAGCUUAGCUUAAAGACUGCAAAUGGCACGAAACAAUUAGUCUGGCUCUGUCCAAAGGUAACAAACUCCACCUAUUAAAUUAGAGGUGAUGACCUCUAAAGCUCACCAAUUAACAUCUCUUUAAUUUGUAUGCAGUAACACAGAAACUCAAGAAAGUUACUCGAAGAAACAGUCUGGCACAUAAGUGUUAAACAUAAAGUUUUAGAGGUGCUGGCAGGAAGAUUUUUACCUUUGGACAGAGCUUAGCUAGCUUUUUCCUAUUGUUUUUAAUCUUCAUGCUAAGUUAAGCUAAGCUUAGCUAACCACCUCCUGGCUUUAAAUUAAUGGUACACACAUGAGAGUGGUAUCAGUCGUGUCAUGUGGCUUUCAGCAAGAAAGCAAAUAAGCGUAUUUUAGGCUUGAACGAGGUGGAGUCAGAUGUCUUCACUCAGUGACGUUCAGUCAUAGUAUAUGAGAGUGGAAUUUCCUUCAAGCUAAAAAUAAAGAACAUAACACUACAAAAGGUCAUGAAACAAAAUGCUCUACUCAUGGAGGAUGAAGUAUGAUUAAAUGAAGUACAUGUAGGUUGAGAGUCAUCUGAGAUGUCCGAAGGUUUUUAUGAAGCCAUCCCUUUACCCUUUAUGUAGUUUGCACUUUAAUGUUCCUCUUGUUUGUGUGAUUGUAUCUUGUUCUGUGACUGUUAACACUAAGAAAUGAAGAAAUGUUUUACCGGAAAUAACUAAAACGGACAUUUUAAACAGCAUGUUUUCUGUAUUGAUCCCAGGCCUGAGGUGAUCCCCCCUGGACAUAAUAUUCAACACGAAAAUGUUUCAGCACCAUUUAGAGACAAAGUUGAAAGCUGAACUAAGCACUGAAAUUAAUAACUGUGAUAUAGAAGUACAAUAUACAUACUAUAUUUUUCUAAAUAAAUAAAUGAUUAUAAAAUCCAGCGCUGUAUUGUAGCGGGCUACACUGGGAUCCACAGAUUCAUACUAUUUUAAUGUGCUCGGUCAUAAAAUGAUUAUUAUAAUAGUUAUUUUUUAUUAUCUACAAGACAAGCUGAUUUGGAACUAUUCUCAUCCUGCAAUGUUUUUUUUGUAAUGUAAGCAAUAUUUUGUACCAAAUGAACUUUCUACACUUUAACACUGUGUGAGACAUUAUUUGUGUAACAAAAACAUAUAAACCUCUGAACACAGCAUUACCACAA